AUGGUAACAGUGUGCAUACUCAUAUUUACUGUUACGGUAUUGGAGUAUGGCGGAGAAAGAAUAGCUUCGGUUGAUGACGUAGGUGCGAUUCGUCUUCGCAAUCCCUUUCCACAAGCACCACAUGUCAAAGACUUCGUUGUGAAUCCUCAUCCAUUUCGCUAUCUGAUGAAUCCAGAGACCCUUUGCUCAGGAAAGGAUGUCUUCAUCAUUACAUUUGUACUCAGUGCACCGAAAAAUCUCAUCAGACGACAAGGAAUACGACGCACAUGGGGAAACAGGAACAGAUUCUUCAGUGAAAGUUUUCUCGUCGUUUUUAUCCUGGGACAAGUCGCUGACAGAAAAGUGAUGACGUCAGUGAAGAAGGAGUCAGGUAUCUAUGGUGACAUAGUCCAGGAGGAUUUCGUCGACAGUUAUCGUAACUUAACCUACAAGUCGAUAGCUGGAUUGAAGUGGGUGUCCACGUUCUGUAGACAAGCUGCUUACGUCCUGAAAACUGAUGACGACAUUUUUGUGAAUAUGAAACUGCUCUUGACCUACAUACAAUUAACUCUUGAACCAUCACACGGAAAAACAGACAUAAUCCUAGGCUACUUGAUGACUCACAGAAAAGUGUACCGCUCAAAGCUUGCUAAAUGGUACAUUGCGAAAGACGAAUAUCCAUUAGAGUAUUACAAACCAUACUGUUUGGGCUUGGCUUAUUUAAUGAGUAGUGACAUUGCAAUAAGAAUGUAUAAACUGUCUUAUACUGUUCCAUUCUUAUGGGUUGAGGAUUAUUAUAUCACAGGAUUGCUUGCACAGAAGCUCAGCAUCAUUCACAGACGAUACAACAGUGCGUACCGUUUGUCAAAGGUUAAAGACGUCAGUGGACAACAAUACGUUUUCUAUUUUUCACCCAAGGUCGGGACACUGUUCUCUUUAUGGAAUGAUUUGAUGAUAAAGGAACGCAGGAGUCUGCAGAGAGAACAUUCCAAAAGUAAACCAAUCAUAAUUUGACUGACAACGAUCUGUGAUAUCAACGCAACCUGUAGCAACUAAAGCUGCGUUAAAGUCGUUAACCGUUGUGACAAUUUCAAACUCCUGUAGUAGUGAUACAGAUACUAUUGGCAUACCAUAAUGAAAACUUGCCGAGAAACAUUAAAGGACAAUUUUUACACAAUAAAGGAUAUUCUGAUAUAAUGUUGUCAAAAUAUU